UGCUUCGAAGGCGUUGCCAUGGCAACAACCGCACGCUAUCUUGAGACGUUAUUCUGAGGUGUUUUACAUUUAAACCGCCUUUAUUUUUCUAAGCGCUAUUUUUGUCACCAAUUUUCUUUCUUUUCCAUUUUUUUGUUCUUGUGUCGUCGUGGGUUUUUCCUCAGACAGUAAUGCCGUCUAAACGCAGAAAAGAAUACAGCGGCGUGAUUACGCUUCACAAACCUGUCCCACCACAUCUGCUCUACCACACGGCUCCCAGAAGUGUUGGACACAAGUCAUCAUCAGAACUGGAGGGUCCAUAUGUGAGAAGUGCGACUCAGAAAUUGAGCAGGUUCAUUACUCCACCAGGAUCAGAGACUGAUCGGGUGCACACACACUCUCCCUGCUCACUAAAACAUCUAAUGGAUCACUUAGUUUCCGAGCAACAGGAGGUCGAUGCCAUCACACAGCCGCUGCUGGACACUGAGAAUGGAUUCAUCAAGGAUCUGGAACAUUUCCUCAACCACAUAGACAUGCUGAGGGUGAGGAGGCACGAGCUUCUGCACAAGCGCUGGACGGAGAGUGUGUGGUGGCCAAUACGGUGCAGCAUCGAACAGCGCUACAAAUGGCGCCAUUGUGAGGGCAUGAAGCCAACGAAAAUGUUGCCCACAGGCUAUGACAAGUACAGCGCUAAGGUCAGCACCAUUCUCUUGAAGGAUCCACUGUUUCUCUACUUACAUUCAAGACUGAUGGAGAACACAGCAGUCCUUCACUGCCAGACAGGACGUUUGGACGACUGUCAGUGGAUGGCAUCAUUAAAGGAACAGGACAGGAACAAGAGAGAUCUGCACGGAAGCAGCAGGAGUCCAGGCCCUGUUUACAUGGCUACAGCAGAUGGGCGGUGUUUUCGGCCUGGAUGCUGGUCUGCAAAUUAUCUGCCUCGCAGCUAUUCUGUGAAGUCCUAACAUGACACUGUGUGUCCUCUGCUUCAUUCAGUCAGCACCUUGAAUUACUUUCCAAGGUUUCUCUUUCAGAGUGUAGCACAUUCUUUCUGUCAUAUAUAUAUAUAUAU